AUGGGCUGGGAGUCCUCCCUCAGUGGACCAGGAUGGGCAAACUGCUCAUUGGGAAGAUACAUAAGUGGAGUGUGGAGGGAAAAUGAUGCUGUCAUUUCUUUACCUGAUGGCGUUCCUGUUAUUGUCAACACGACCGAGAUCGUAUCAGGGGGAACCGUUGUUGUGGCGUGGGAACCACUCUUUGAAGGAAGCUGUCCAGUUGUCAACUACACUGUGAACUACAGAAAAGUGAUGUCACCAGUGCAGAAAAGCAAAUGGCGCUCUGUUACAGUAAACAGAAAUGCGACCAGUUUUACACUUCAGCUGAAGUGUAAGAAUGAGUAUGAUAUAACAGUUACCUCAAUGUGUGAAUACUGGCAGAGUGCUUUGAAUGAUAUCAAGAUAUGGAAUUUCAAAACAGAAGGAGAUGUUCCAUCACCUCCUGUUACAAACAUCAAGGAAACAAAAUCAUUGGCAUGUGAUGUCAACGUGAUAUGGAGCCCUCCUGCUGACCAUGGGUGUCCGCUGACCAUGUACUCGAUAUACCAUCAACAGAUUCAGACACCAGAAAUAGGCUGGCACCAAACUAACGUCACUAACGUUAUGGCGACGAACUUUACUGUAACAUUAGAAUGCGGAAGGCAGUACUCAAUCGAAAUGUCGGCCUGGAAUGAGCUGGGAGAAAGCGACAGAUCGAGAACAUGGAUAAUAAAAACAAUGUCAGGUUCUGAUAGAAACGAUGAUACCCCGUCCUCACCUUCCGUCUUAACCCUAGCAGAAAAAAACUUAACGAACUCUCCAGCCUAUCAGGAUGGAAAAGGUCUUUCGUCUCCUCAGUUAUAUGGCUUAGUGAAAAGUUAUCAAAAGAAUUACUACAAAGAACGAAAUCGCUUGAUUCUAGAUGCUAAUGAUCUGCACUUUAGCAUAGAUGAUAAAUCAAAAGCACUGUUGGUGGGAGAUAAGGAAGAGAGAAAAGAAUUAAUGAACUGCGGAAAACUACCCGUGGAUGGUACGGACAACAAAAGGUUACACUCUACAUGUUCGAGGCUUAGCGAUGAGACAGUUACCCAGGAAAACGCGGUAGAGCAACCCAAACCAGACGUGGAAGGAAGUAAGAAGUUCUCUCAAGUCCCACAAAAUACUGACUAUGACAAUUUGCAACAGGACGAAGACCUUGUUGCGAAGGACCUUCUUUGUUUUGCGUGGCAAAUAGCACGCGGAAUGGAUUUCUUAUCAAGCAACGGGUUUGUGCAUCGUGAUUUGGCGGCUCGUAAUGUUCUUCUUGGCGAAGACAAAGUUGUAAAAGUCUCAGAUUUUGGAUUGAUGCGACAAACCCAAGAAAGUGUUUACAAACUAAAGAAAGGGAAAAAGAUGCCGGUCAAAUGGACGGCGCCUGAAGCACUCUACAACAGUGAAUACACCACCAAAAGCGAUGUGUGGUCUUUUGGAAUUCUUCUAUGGGAACUCUGCACAAUGGGAGGAAAUCCUUAUCCUGGAAUAAACAACAAGGAGCUGUACAAUCUUCUCAAAACAGGAUAUCGCAUGGAAAAACCAGACACAUGCUCUGAUAAACUUUAUCAGCUGGUGCAAAGUUGUUGGAAGGAGAAGCCCAGCGAAAGACCUACUUUUGAAAGUGCGACGAAAUCACUGGAAAAAAUGAUGCAGGAGGACACUCCAUAUCUGGACUUUGAAUCGCUUGAUGAGUCCAAGGCAUAUUACCGUAGCGAGAAGCUUUCUGACGACUAA